CUACCAGCACUCUAGUAAAGGGGACAACAAGAUUCAAGAUUGUACGGGCAAGAAAAUCAGUCGGACGGGGGCGCGCACCUAGCUUCACGAAGACGCGAGGCACUCUUCUCUUUCGGGGUUGAAGAAUUGAUGCAGCACGAAUCUCUGGAGAAGCAAUGCCUGCCCUUGAAACACUCAUGUUUAAUCCCUCCCUCGCCUCAUUAUGUAUGGACUUGAUCAAUCUAUCACGUCAGUGUUACAAAUGCGCAAGAGGGGAGAGAAUAGGUACGCCGCUAAUCGGAGCGCUUCGCACCCGCUCCACAGAAGCUCGGUCUGAUAGAUCUCACUAGCAAACACACUCCAGAUCUUCAAUUUUGAUUGGAUACAUCCCACUCAGUCACUCAGGAGCCGAGCAGUCACCAAAUUGAAGUCACCAGUGAUGGUGAGCGAUUGCAGGGAUAAACGAGCGAUCAACCCACAGGCUGGGCGAUCCUAAACCCCCAAAUGCGGGCCGGAUGGUACAUUUCCAUAAAGAGAAAUGGAUCGCUGCAUCAACGCCAACGAACCAAGGAGCCGGCGUGCAAGUUCGCCAUGAUAUAUCCACAAUUACCCCCCCCCCCCAAGACUGACAUUCCCAUCGACAUCAUCGGAUUUUCACAUCCCACACUGCGCUUACAUCCAGAAAUCCUAUCGCAGCUCUCCCCCCAUGCCCCAUAAACCCAUAGGCUCCAUUUAUCCAGCACCACCAUUCGGCGACUGUGAAUUCCCUCCGCGGAUAUCGUCACUACUCAGCGACAGCUAUGAAGACUUAUUCAAAGGCCUGGACACGCAACUCGUGCUGACCGGGCCUUUGCAACACCCAGGCACAGGUGAAGCCCUAACACCUACUUCCUCUAUACCAAGCCGCUGUCCGACCUUCCGACACCAACCUCCACGAUCACCAGGCAAACCUCCCUCGUCUUCCCAAUCCACGACUCUACCCCCGCGGUCACCACAACCCAUCACGUCUUCCUCUCCCCAUGGCGCACUGAAACCGUCCUAUUCAACAUCAGCCAUAACAACCACAUCCCUCCACGGAUCCAUCUACAGCCCGUCCCGCUCGUUCUCCACAAAAUCAAACCUCACAUCCCUCACCUCAAGCACAGCUUCCCGCUCCGACUCAGGCGCCAGCAGACGUUCCCCGCGCCCCGAGCCCUGCGCUCUCCCACCACAACCAGGCCGGCACAAUUCCCUAGCGGAGUUACACGCACGACAGGCCAACAUACCCCACGUACAGCAGCCUAUCAGUCCGUAUGCGGAGGUGUUGAACCCGCUGGAGAAGAUAGGGUAUGCGGUGAGUGGGAUAGCGAGGAGGAAGAGCAGCGGGGUCGAGUUGAGGGACAGGAAUGAGGCAGAGAGGGGGUUGAAGAAAAAGAAGAGUUUUGCGAGGUUGGGGUGGGGACACAAGAGCGGGAAUCUAGGGGAUAGCAGAAGGGGGAGUGAGCCAGCAGUAGAUGUAAGUAAAAACUUUUAA